GGUUCUCAGCCGGAGGGCACUAUCAGUCACUGGGGCUCCCCGGCACCCUUUCCUGUCUUCUCAAGGUGCUGGAAGGAAGGCAGAUUCCAAGUAUCCAGGAUAUGCUUCCGACUGGUGAUCUGAUGGCUUGCUGGUGUGGGGAGAUGUUUCAGGAACAAGUAUUUGGGGGAAACCAAAAGCCGAGCUGUGUUGGAAGUGCCAAUAUCCAGGGCUGGUGGAGACCUCAGGUCCAGGGAGUGUGCCCAAAUUCUUCACCCCUGUUUCAGCAGAAUAACUGGCAUGCUAAGUGGUGUCAGAGUUUGAAGCAAAGAGGUGUACCUUGGUUCCCUGCACAGGCCGUGUGAUAGAGCUGCUGCAGAGAACCUCUUGGGGUCCCUGUUGCUUGCCUUAGCCCGACCUCUGCAAUAUUUGUUUGCACGCCUGUGGGUUGGUAACACACAAAGGACUGACAAGACCUGGAGGCUGGAGUGACCCAGACCUCUUAGAAGUUGUGCUGGGGCGGCACCGUGGGUGGACAGAGGUCCCUGGGGAACCUCACACCCAUUUCCUCAGAAGCAAAAAAGUAAAUUCUAUUAUUGCCAACCAACCAGGACUUUUCCGUGCCAGACAUCCUGCCAUGAGGAAAUUUCAGAGCGAGGACGCCCAGCAUGCCGCCCUUCUGUAGGAAUGCAAAGUUGGGCCUCCUUUCUUUCCUGAUUUGUGCUGGAAGGAGCUUAUUACCUUUGGGGAAGGAUGCCUUUUGGUUAGAAAGAAUUGAAAAUUAUAAAAUCCUCUGGGAAAAGGCUCAACGACAGAAAAUGAGAUACAAGACUUCUUUGGUGAUGAGGAAACGAUUACGACUUUACCGAAAUUCCCUGAAAGAGUCAAGUAGCAUCUCCGGAUACCAUGGCCCCCAGCUCUCCGCCGCUUCCAGCCCCUCGGUGUUUUCCGGCCUCCACGAGCAACCUCCCCAGGCCUCCCCAGGCCGUCCUUUGAACGGACUCCUGCGUCUGGGGCUUCCCGGAGAUAUGUACGCGCGGCCCGAGCCCUUCGCGCCGGGGCCAGCGGCCCGCAGCGACGCCUUGGCUGCUGCCGCAGCUCUACACAACUACGGGGGCAUGAACCUGACAGUGAACCUCACCGCGCCCCACGGUCCAGGCGCCUUCUUCCGAUACAUGCGCCAACCCAUCAAGCAAGAGCUCAUCUGCAAGUGGCUGGCUGCCGACGGCUCUGCUCCCCCGCGCCUCUGCUCCAAAACUUUCAGCACCAUGCACGAGCUGGUCACGCACGUCACCGUGGAGCACGUCGGUGGCCCGGAGCAGGCCAACCACAUCUGCUUCUGGGAGGAGUGUCCGCGCGAGGGCAAGCCCUUCAAAGCCAAAUACAAACUUGUCAAUCACAUCCGCGUGCACACGGGCGAGAAGCCCUUCCCCUGUCCUUUCCCGGGGUGUGGGAAGGUCUUUGCUAGAUCAGAAAAUCUCAAAAUACACAAACGAACUCACACAGGCGAGAAACCUUUCAGGUGCGAGUUCGAGGGCUGCGAGCGGCGCUUCGCCAACAGCAGCGACCGCAAGAAGCAUUCGCACGUGCACACGAGCGACAAGCCCUACACGUGCAAGGUGCGCGGCUGCGACAAGUGCUACACGCAUCCCAGCUCGCUGCGUAAGCACAUGAAGGUGCACGGGCGCUCGCCGCCGCCGCCCAGCUCUGGCUACGACUCGGCUACGCCGUCUGCUCUCGUGUCGCCCUCCUCAGACUGCGGCCACGAGACUCCGGCGGCCUCCUCCGCGGCGGUGGCGGCGCGUGGCACCGACCUGAGAGAAUGAUGUCCACCGCGUUGCUCGCAAGGUAAUCUCGCCCUGCGCAGCUGAGCGCCCGCAUCUCGCGCCCGCGACAUCAAAGGGCCCGCGCACAAAGCAGCGUUUCUUCGCCACGGUGCAUCUUCAUGGUAAGUUAGGAUUUCUAUGGCAAUGGGCAAGUCGCACUGAAAUCCUGAAAGGCCGAGCCUGGAGCCCGUCCAGGCUUUUCAUUAAGGACAUAAUAUUUACGUCUAACAGGCCUUUUUUCUUGUGUAUACAAGUAUAUAUUUUUGUUUGACGCGGACUAAAUCAUUUUCAUUUAAUUUCCGGUAAACAAAACCCACGCGAAUGGGCACUUGUUCCCGAUCAUAAUAAAAAUGGAUAAUAAUGUGAGAGAAGAAAAAGGCCGCUUGAAUCGCCGCUCAGCCCCCUUUGUUUCUGCUUUCUGCGGUGAUCAGAGGGCGCAUUUGGGUUUGAUGGCGAGUUUCUAAAGGCGAGGAAAUGGUUUGUAAGAGGGGAAAGAAAAGGAGAAAGGUCUAAUCAAGCUCGGGUUGUUCAAAGAGUCGGGUUUUGGGGUUGAAAGUGUGAGUUUGACGGUGCAUCAGCAUGCCGCGUUAGGCUCGCCAUGGAAAUGCGCUGGGGGGGGCGGCCGCUUCAAAGGCGGCACACUUCACUGCAGACACUCUAUUAAGAUACAUUUGCGCUGACCUUUGCUUUCACGCUAUUUAAUACUGUCACUGUGCUCUCCAGUAUAUACUUCCUCCCUAGGACCUGCCUCGCCCGCCUUUAGGGGUUCACCCUGCACCCUGACGUGGGGGCCUUUGGCUCCCAGGACGCUUUCAGGAAAGGGAGGAGCCGGACUCCUGUGCAUCUUGACUGAGCCCCAAAGAGUUUCAGGGUCAGGAGUAAAUUACUUUAGGGCAGCCUCAAAUGCUUAACAAAUGAGCACACGUCUCCUCCACCCUUCCAGCUCUGUUUCCUUUAAGCACCUCUCUAAAUCUAGAGCAAGAUGCAGAUUUGAAUUUGAUGGGAAGUGUUGGGGGGUGGUGGAGAACCACCUGGGGAAGUGUGAGGAGGUGUGAAGAGUUCACACUAUGCUCUUGGGAUAUUUCCAGUCCAGUUCCCAGCACUGCUCUCUGCCCCAUCCAUCCCAGGAGUCUUUUGCAAUACCCCCAACUUGUUUCUCAACACAGAAGAGUGUGUGGUACCCUCAGGCCUGGACUGGCCCUGGGCACAAACUCAAGGGCCCAAGGCCAAGGGGAUGGGGAAGAUGGCAGGAAAGUUAGAAGUCCAUGUUCCCUUAAUUGUCUUGUUGUUUAUUUUAUCCAAGUACCCCAGUGAAUAGGGGAAAAAUAAACAUGGUGGAAAAAAAAUCAAACAGUGGAGUCUUCUUUAGUGCCAGUCCUUGUGGUUGAAUAAAAAGGAUGGUCCGCUUUCUAUUGAGCUGAGAAAUCUUUGAAGUGGGAGUUAUUAUCUGAGACAUUCCUGCUUGUCGUCCUAACAACGCUGAUGAAACGUAAAAGGUUCUUUGUCAGCGAUUUGUUCUCCUCUCUGUCAAACUCCCUCUGCCCCGUUAGUUUUAAACCGUUUCUAAAGAGAUAAAAAUCAAACUUCUUAAAAAAAAAAAAAAGAUACCCACACAUAUAGGAGUGGAUAACUUCAGGGCUAGGUCUUGCUAGGGGUAAAACAAAAGCAAUGCCUGGACAAGAGGUCAGGCCCUAGCGAAGUGUGCAGAUGUUGGGGAGCCCUUUGCACAUCUCUAAGAUGGGGCGGGUGGGGUGGGAGGAGAGUGCAGAAGGGUAAGGCAGAGGGUACAUACCCCAAGUCCAUACUUGUGUGUCUGCUUCAUACUGCUCUGGCCUGCUUUCAAUCAGUUCAAGUGGGAUCACCUGGACGGCUUCUUGCAGCAGCCCCUCAGGCUCCCAGGGAUCCUUGGAACCUAGGGCUAACCCCAAGGUGAUUGUUAAUAUUUCCUGCUCCCUCAAACGCACCUCUGCUAAAAAUAGACUCAUUGUGUGAUUCUUCCCAACAGCAGUAAUCAGCAAGCUCUUUUUGCCUUUAAUGGAAAGGAGAGUGGCUUGAGGGAGAGAGAGACAUUGUAAUAAGUUCCUGUUUGUUUCAGAAUCUUGACAGUUGGGGUUUGGAAGGUUUGGGCUACAAGAAAGCGAACCCAAAGUGCAUGCAAAUGUCCAUCCUUCCCGCACACUUCCUUCCCACCACCCCUCAACCACAGGUGCAGUUCUUCAUUUUAUAUUGUGCCCAGGAAAGAAACCUUCACCCUGUCCAGGUUUCCCCAUACCUCCUGUUGUGGUUUUAAAAGUGGUUUAAACAAACAAGGAUGUGCUGGUCCCCCCCACCCUGUGUGUGCUGACUAAAUGAUUUGUAAAGAAGUUUCCCCGAGCUGUAACCCAUGCUGUUAUUAUAGUUGCUGCAAAAUGUUGUCUCCUAUAUUGAUUUUAUUUGUUUACUGGAGGUCUCCAUAUGUUUGUUUAUAUCACUAAUUUAUGGGAAAAUGUAAUGAUUGCAAUGAAUGUGAAUUAUACAGACAGGCAAACGUUUUGUAAUCAUAAUUCACACACACACAAAAGCUUGACUGAAACCUUAGACUAUUUGGUAGCCUCUCUGCCCUCACUGUUUGUGAUUUAUCAUCUGUCCCUUUAGCAUCAGUUCCAUUAUGAAUUAACUUGAAAGGAAAAAAAAAGUUGUUACGUAUUUGCAAAUGAUUGCUGAAUGAAUAACAAAAUUGAAAACUGAGGAUUAAUCUUGUAACUAUGUAAAUGUAAAUGAAAUAAAAUCUGUGAUUCCUUUUCCUCCAAAGGCUUUUGUGUACCUGGAGCUCCAUUUUGCUAUUUUCUUCUGAAAUAAAUGAUGUGAUGUUUUUCCUUCCUCUUUUGA